GAAAAUAAAAAAUGUUUUAACUAUGGAUUGUGUAUAAGCUAAAAGAAACUCAUGUAAAGUUGCAAUUUAUCUGCACAUGUAAAUGAAUUGAAACUGUCAAAAAUUUCUACCAAAAAUUAUAAACUGCCAAAAUAUGUUAUUUUCAUCAUUCCGACGCCUUAUUUCGACAACCCCAAACUUACGAGCCACUGAAAAAUCAUUAUUAGCGGCAUUGCGUAAGCAAACCGGUUAUUCAUUUUCAAAUUGUAAAAAAGCUUUAGAAUUGAAUGGAAAUAACUUAGAAAAAGCUCAAGAAUGGUUACAACAACAGGCACAAGCUUUGGGCUGGUCAAAAGCAACAAAAUUGGAAGGUCGACAGACAUCGCAAGGAUUGAUUGGUCUUAUGGUACAAAACAAUUGCGCCGCGUUAGUUGAAUUAAAUUGUGAAACAGAUUUUGUUGCUAGAAAUGAAAAUUUUAAAGAAAUGUUAAAUCUUGCCACAAAAUCAUGUUUAAAUUAUGUUUCUAAACAGCAGUUAAAUGAAGUAAUACAAAAGACGCAUUUGAGUAGUGAAAAACUACGAAGCCUUCAAGGACCUGACGGGAAAUCUUUGGGCGACCAUUUAACGUUAAUGAUUGGCAAUCUAGGUGAAAAUGCUCAACUUAAACGUGGCCUUUGUUUACGAGCUGAAAACAAUAUAAAUCUAUACGGUUAUGCACAUCCAGCAUCUGCAGCAGGCGAAAAUGAAUUUAUGUACGGGAAAUAUGGAGCAAUUGUUGCAUUAAAAGAACAAACAUCACCUAGUGACAUUGGAAAAAGUAUUUGUCAACAUAUUGUUGGUAUGAAUCCAUUGAAAAUUGGUGUCAAAGACGUAGAUAAACCAGCUGAAAAUGUUGAUGACGAAACAUGUUUAAUUUAUCAAGAAUUACUAUCAAAUCCAACAUAUAAAGUCCAUGAAAUUUUAGAAGAAAAUCAAAUACAAAUUGUUGAUUUUGUUCGUUACGAAUGUGGUGGCGUUGAUGUAGCUUCUACUGCUAAAUCAACUGAUGAAGUUAUUGGAAAAGAAGUGAACAUCGAUAGCAUACAAACGUGUCAAUAAAAAAAACACAGCUUUCUACACUAAACAUAGAUUGCUAGUUAUCGAACUAAUCAAUAAGAAGUUUGCAUUCAAUGGGAGGAUUACUAAUACAAUCUAGGAUUACUGUCGAAAUUUAUGCACGCGAGUUUAUUAAAAUAAUAUAAA